CAACAACACCUAAUCGUCUAUCAAAUCUCCCAUCACACGCUCCUGAAUUGUCACACAAUUACUUCCUAGAACACACACUCUCUCUCUUGUCUUCGACCGACCGACCGACCACCCCUCCGUCCGUCCGUCCGUCCGUCGGCUCAUCUUCCUUGACUCGUUGCCACCACCAACCUGUUUGCAGACCCGCCGAUUUUUCCGAGAGUUCCACGAGGCUGCGCUGCCCUUGCCCAGGUAGCCACUCUCCGUCGUCAUCAUCAUCAAUAAUCAUCACCGGAGGCAGCACUUACAGUAGUACCACCGUAGCGCGACGACAGCACUCCUACUUCGUCCUUAUUGCAGCCUCUGCAUAGUGCCGUGUGCUACCGUGAGCUGCUCAGCUCACAGCUCUGGAACCGGUCACGGUCACGGUCACGGUCACUACACUACCUCCUACUACUACCUACCUAUCCAGGUACUUCAGGUCUGUCAGGUCUGGUCCUCAGCAUGACGCCACGAAACCCAUCGGUCCAGCCGCUUCCGCUACCCUAUACACUCUUCUUUCUCUGGAUUGAGCCUAUAUCGACCCUGGUGGGCGCCUACUUUGCCCAUUUCCAGCAGCAGAAGUAUCUCGAUGACACCAUACCGUCAGGUCUCGGCGUCUCCACUCGUGAAAGUAUUGUUCUCUCCCAACUAGCUAACUUGUACUUUGCAUUCACUCUCAACGAAGCCCUGGUGCUGAGAGCGACAAGAGAUCGUAGAGUCUGGUCGACUCUUCUCCUGGGAUUACUCAUCGCUGACUUCGGUCACAUCUAUGCAUGCAAAGCAGCCGGUGUGGAGCUCUACUACAGCUUCUGGACGUGGAAUGCCAUGUGGGCGGGCAACUUGGGCUUCGUUUACAUGGGUGCCACCCUCAGGACCUGUUUCCUGCUUGGUGUAGGACUUCCUCGCGGCUAAGACCCCGUCACAGUCACCAAUUUUCACUGCAUGAAGGCGAACGUGUCCGAAUGCACAUAAGGACCUGAAAAUUUGUCGGCCACCUCUCCGCCGAUACGCUACUGUACUUCCGAUGCAGGCAGUCCCUUCGGGAGCAGUCCUUCGGGAAGCGCACCCUCAGCCGGAGAACGUGAGAAGGUAUAGGUGGUACCGCCUGUCCUUCCGGCGAUGAGUUUUCAGAGGGUUGCUGGCGGGAUUCAGGCUACAGCAUCAUCCGCACGAGAAUCGCAGCUGAGCCACGACCUUUUCCGCAUGAACCGAGCAGUUGGUCAGGUCGUUCUCGGCCCGGACUGACGCCGGCCACGGAGAUCUGUGUGACGUGGUAUGGUAGGAGGUAAGGCUGAUGAUGAGUUGAAACAUAGCCAAGAACAAUCAUUUGCUUUCAAAGUCGUUACAAUGAUGGUCUUCAAACCAUUGAUUUCGCAGGCGGAAUGGAAAGUGCGAUUGAGCAUCUAGAUUGCUCUCUCCCACGUCAAUUGCCUUUCUUCGUUUCGGCACAUCUGGCACAGUCUUGGAGUUUCCAUCAUCUGCAGGGAUGGUUCACUCAGCAGUUCUAUAGUCGCAGGACGUCCCAUU